AUGGUGUCUCUCUCCAAUGGCGUAUACGGAAUUCCCGAACAAGAACUCUUGGAGAUGGUGACUGCUCUGAGAUCGAGAGGGUACAAGCUCUUCUGCAACGCCUUAAUGACAUCGGAUAUCCACGACGAGAUCCUCUCGGGAAGCUCCUUCACAUUCUUUGCUCCCACCGACUCUGCUCUCUUUGCUCUGGACAUGGCCACCACCGCCACCUAUUACGUUCAGACUCUCCGUUUCCACGUCGUUCCCGGCCGUUUCUCAAUGUUGUUUCUUCGUUCUCUCCCUUCCAUUUCUUCUUUCUCCACACUUCUCCCUCACAAACACAUCUUCAUCUCCCACGAACGAAUGCCGAAUUCUAACCUAAUCGCAGUAAACAACGUCGAGAUUGUCUUUCCUGGUCUCUUCUACAGCCGUGAUAUCGCCGUCCACGGCUUAAGCAGUAUACUCAUACUCCGUCACAAUGGAUCUGCCCAUGCUCAGCCUCAGUCGACGGCGAAAUCCGCUGCUAACGAUACAAAUACUCUCUCGCCGAGCAUGAACGUUGCGGAUCUGGACAGAAUUUCACCAAUUGCAAAUUCGCCGGACGAUAGACUUCCGGUGGACUAUUCAUCGUACGAGGAGUCACCAGAUACUCAUCCCUAUUGGAAUUUAUAUUCGGCGCCAGCACCGGAACAGAGUAAGUCGGAAUUUGGUGAAACUCCGGUGGAAAUUUGCGGUGGACAUGAGAAGGUACUGAAGACUGAUAAUGGAAUUCACGGCGAAGCCACUGCUGCAACGGAGGAGAUUUUAGAAGAAACUCAGUGGCCGUUGGAUGGGAAGACAGAGUACCCUGCGAUGACCAGUGACAAGGGUUUGUGACACAUGAGCAUCCCACGAGUCCAUCUCUGAAUUGCCAUGUCAGCACAUCAGGCCUUCAUGCAUUCCUCCCCUUUGUUUUUUUUCUUCCUUUUCGUUACCCUGCGAUGACCAGUGACAAGGGUUUGUGACACAUGAGCAUCCCACGAGUCCAUCUCUGAAUUGCCAUGUCAGCACAUCAGGCCUUCAUGCAUUCCUCCCCUUUUUUUUUUCCUUUUCCUUCAGAGGUACUUCUGCUACUGGAUGCCUCUUCAUUGUUUUAAAAGUCAGUUAUAACUGUGAACAUGAUCAUUAGAAAGGUGGCUGCUUCCAAUGUAGGUGGUUGUGCUUGGAUAUCUUUGUGCCUUUUUAGGCAUUCAAAAGGAAUUAACAUGGGUUGAUGUGAA